AGGAAAAGAAAAAAAACUGUAUAUAAAAAUCCAUAUUGUGAAACAGUUUUCCAUGUAAAAAAAGAGACAGAGAAUAUUAUAGUCCAUAUAAGUUUUUACACCGACAAUAGCUAAGUUCACUUGUUUCUCACAAAAUUGUAAUUGUAUUAUUGUUGUUUUACUUGGACACUGUUCAAAAUAAGUUUUAUAUAUGGUGAUAGCUAAUUUUAAAGAUUGAGAUUUUAAGUGGAGAAGGAUUAAAAAACGAAAUUCUUUCGCUUUUUUUUGAAAAACGACCAGAAAGUUGUGCUGUUCAGUGAAACAGAAGAAUUCGAAUUAAAGUUAAGUGUGUCGAUAGCCAUGCAUUUUUCUCCGGUGAUGAAACAAACUUUACAAGCCUUUUCAAAUCAUGUUGAUGGUGAAAGUGCUCCUCAAUCACCAAAACAUCGCAUUAACGUCAGCGAGUUUGAGAAAGAAACCGUCGGACGUUUUGUUCAAUAUUUGCAUGGACAAAGUUUGAUGGAUGCUUCGUUAUCAUGGAGGGAUGUCGUUAACUUGUAUAAGAUAGGCCUGAAAUUUCAAGUAAAAUCUUUGAUAGAUUUGAUGAUUGAGAAGGGAAAAAAUCUCAUUUCAAAGGAUAACAUAUAUGAAGCCAUCAUGUUCAUCGAUUCGCAUGAUAUCAACGAAUGGUUGGAUUGUUGUUGUAGUGUUCUGCUGGCAAAUAAAGAUUUAAUGAAAACGAAAGAAUGGGAAGACUUGAUCGAAGCAAAUCCAAAAACAAUGGCAAGAUUGCUAAAUUACUACAUCAUAAAAAAAGAAGAAGAAGAAGAAGAACAAAAGGAAAAAGAAGAAAAAAAAGAAAAAAAAGACGAAGAGGUGGCCAACAAAACUCGGAAAAACGCCGGUACCGCCAUGCCAUUUCGUACAUAUAGUUGCAAAUAGCUCGCCGAACUCCCACGGCAACAUCGACCUUAACAUUUCUUUUUAAUGCCAGGUUUAUAUACGGUUUUUUUCUUUAUAUUCGAGUAUAUGUUUAUGUUUUGAUGCAAAAACUAAACCUGAAUCUAGAUUAAACGUACGCAUUGUAAUGACAAGUAUGUACCCAGGCCCCCUUUUAAAAAUUGCUCUAACAUUGUCUGCGAGUAAGAACCAUGAAAGUGAAAACUUUCCAGAGUUAUGGACAUAUUUGUAGAAACCACACGAAUCUUUCGCUGUAGCCAAUAUUUAAGUUUUUAAGCGUAAUGGUCGAAGUCGUUAUGUUUUCCGAUUGAUUGAAAUUAAAAUUUGUGAUUUAUUGCACAUUAAAUAGCCAAAUAUAAGUAAAAGGUAGCUACGGAUUCCGUAGCUACUUUUUACUUAUACGGCUUUACGGUUUCCGCGCAUUUUCUCAAAUUAUUAAAAAUUCUGCCAUUUUAUCAGCGUUGCCUAGUAAGUUUAUCUGGUCAUUUGUUUGUAUAUUUUUUUAAAUUUCUGAUUGAGCGAGACAAGAUAUUUUUAAAACGGC